CGGAUGUUGACUUUUGUCACAUGAUCUAGCGACUGGCCGUGGAAGGCGCAUUAUUUGAAAGUAUUAUUGUUUAUCGUUCAAAUCUUUUUCAGGAGUUGAAGACACUUGCAGAUUCGACUAUCCUGAGCUGCAGGGGUUGCCAAUCAUUAUAGUUCCUGAUAGCAAAUCAAGCAGUCCUGCAUUGAUUGGGUGAGGGUGUUGACCAGGUCCCAUUUUAGUCUACCUGGACAUGGCAGGAGUUGAAGAUAUGGAUGAAUUUGAUGCACCAUGUCACAUGACAGCGGCAUUUUGUUCUCAAAUAUCAGAGGAGGACUAUGAAAAUCAAACGGUUUCAGAAACUGAGAAAGCACUGGAGAGUUUGAUAUCUUUCAUGGCGAAAAACCCAAAUGUCUAUAAGAAGGUUUUAAAGAAGAAAAUGAAAGAAGAAAAGGAAAACGAUGGUCCUCUGUCAUUUCUAAAGGUAAAACUGUUGACAUUGGUUAAAGGAGAAGAAAAUGUCUCCUUUGUAACAGACAAGGAGUGCCAACAGAGAAUGGAGAACCUCACCAGAGGAAUGACCAGGGCUUUUGACUACAAUCUAGAAUCUAGAGGAAAAAGAAGAUCCAAACGCUUGGCAGAAAAGGAGCAAGUUUCCAAAUCAUCAAGCACAGGUUCACCAAAGACCAAAGGGAAACAACCCAGUAAGAAAGGAAGUCCUGCUCGCAGCAGAAAGACAGUAACGUGUCAGAGGAAGGACAGAGAGACAGACUCCAGCCAAGCUGUACCCCCUCCCCCUCCCCCACCACCCCCACCGCCCCCAUCAUUCACUCCAGUCCAACAGAAGAGUCGACCCAUGAAGAGGCCUAGUGGUGAGGGCAGGGAUAGUCAAGGCACCCCACUGAAAGAUGUGAAUGUUCUGCUCAAUACUCCACAGAGCGCGAAGAAGUUGGAACCUGCAAAUGAACUGGGUUCUACAUCCUCCUUAGCUUCGAUUGGCUCUCUGAGCAGCCUUCAUCAAGAACUGCUCUCUUAUAAUCCAAUGAAACGCCUUAAAACAACAGCCAGUGAAAAAUCCCCCGGUGGUACCCCUGUAAAGCCACGUCCCUCCCUCAAGGACAACCCUACUGCGACUCCUGUCACCCCAGCAGAUUCUAUCUACAGAUACUGGAUCAACAGUCUACAUGAAAAGUUCCGUAACGUUUUGUCCCCAGGAUCCGCUCCCCGAAGUCCAACCAGUGAUCCUUGCAGUCCCUCUGGAUUUUCUCCUCAGUGAAAACUUAACUGUCAACUGAGAGAGAGAGAGAGAGAGAGAGAGAGAGAGAGAGAGAGAGAGAAGAGAGUGCAUGCAUGCAUGAGUGUAUACAGUACCAAUCAGCAUUUUCUAUGUAUUGUCAUUUUAUUCAAGUGUUGAGAGAACAAUUUUUUAAAAACAUCUCUAUGUGCCAUUAACUGUCUGAGGCUCAUUAGAGAAGUAAGUGUAACGAUCUGGCUUCUGUUAGACAGUAUUGUGUGCGAUUGUAUGUGGCUCCACUCAAUGUUCUACAAUACACCACCACCCUGCAGUCAUUGGUUGUACAGGUCUGCGUGGAUCUCCCUCAUUACUUAGAACUUUUCCAACAUCUAGAACAUAUACAACGAGAUAGUGCAGAUUUCACACAAUUCUUGAUGGAUUAAAUUUUGCUGUUACUAUAGGACUGGUUGUUUCAUUCUGGUGUGAUUUUUAUGUCCACAGUCUAGUGUGAUACAUUGUUAUAGAAUUUAUCUGUACAGGCAGUCAAACCUGAGGUGUAUUUGUGUCCAUAAAAGCAAUUAAACCUGUAUAUCAAGGUUUACAGAAACGUGUGUGUGUAUAUAUAUUUUUUUAUAUAUGUGUGUGUGUGUGUUCAUUUUUGUAUAAAUCUGUAUUUGCGAUGCUUCUGCCUUUGGUAUUUUUACAAAUUGUAAUGAUUUAAUCGGCAUUUCCUCAUGAACGCGAUGCAGUAGCUUACAAUACACUUCACGAGGUAUACUGACGUGAAGCAUCGCAGUUCAUACCCUCCUGUAUUAUCAAAAAUGAAAUCUAUUUCUUAAAUGUCUCAGUAUUUGGGAUGUUGCAAAUUGAAGUAAUGUUUUGAGCCUACCAAAGAUGGACUAGAUUCGAUGCUUUUAAGAAAUGGACAAAUUUAAGGGUCACCAAAAAUAGUAUUACAUGUAAGCGAAUGUUGUUUGUUUUGUUGCUACAAUCAAUGUAGAUAUCACAUUUCCCCCCAGCUUGCAUGAUUAUGCUUUGUUUAUAUAUCUAUAUUUCUGAUGCUUUUGCCUUUGGGAUUUUUACAAAUUGUAAUUUUAGUUAAUGCUUAAUUUGAGCUUGGAUGUUGUCAUCUGUAUGGUGGUUUGUUUGUACAAUUUCAUCUUGUCAACAAAACAAAAAGACUACAGGAUAAUUUUCAACAAAUUUUUGACAAAAAGAUGACAGAUUUAGCUCACUGAUUCUGUUGUCUUCACUCUAUUCUUUCAACUUUUCCCUGCUAAUUUGCAACUUUUUUAGCUCACUAGAGCCAAAGGCAUCUGCUGCUGUUAACUUUUUCUCCAGAACUGCUGGGCCAAUUUCAAUCAAACUGGGCACAAAUCAUCCUUGGGUAAAGGGGGUGGGGGUGCAAGUUAUUAAUUUUUAUUUGCAAUUUGAUAUCUGGUAGCAUAGGAAGUUUGGGAGGGGGAGGGGCAAAUAAAUCACAUUUAAAAAGUUGCAAAUUAGGGUUGUGAAAAGACAGAAAAAAGAGUGAAGUCGCUAAUUGGGUUUUGUUGUCUUUUCACCCGAAUUUUAUUAUUUUGGGGAGAAUAGACCAAAAAAUGCUUAUUGUCAUUUUCAUCUCUUUGCCCUGGAUAACAAACUGAUGACAGUGGCACAAACUACCAUACAUCUGUCCACACGAUAUCUUAGAUUCUGAGUAUUUGAAGUUGUUUAACAUCCUCAGAUGGUGGCAUAUGAGAGACUACAACUUGUGUGGAUUUUAUACAUGGCUGAAUAUGAACAAAAUAGGAAAUGGUUUAAUGCAGGCAGAUUCACUUGUUUAGCAGUUUCAGUAUGAAUUUUAAGAUUUGUUAGGUGUUUUUUUUUAUUGUUUGAAUGCACUCAAAAAAGCAUUUUUUAUUUUGUCACAAUGAAAUGUGAAUUUUUAAUAGAUGUACUUGUUAUUUUAUUAUGAAUAAAGUAUUGUAUCUUUCAUU